CACGUGAAACUUUCCUCUCUCUCUCUCUCUCUCUUACACGCGCGCGCACGCAAAUUUGCAGCUUUCUCUUUCCAUCAAAACUCUCCUUUUCAGUACACAAGAGCCUCCAAUCACCGCUUCAUCUAAUUCUGCACUCUGCUUCUCUUCUCCAUGAAGAUCGCCUUUGUCAAUCAAAGCAGAUCGAUGUCCGAAACCUGUGAAUCAUCUUUUCAGAUGGGGCGGAAGAAGAAGAACAAGCGGCUUCUGAUGUUCAAAGAACUCAACACGAAAGCAGUCUAUUGACAUAGUUGUUUCUCCCAUAGCAUUAGUCAAAGAGUUAGCUGAUUAUCCUUUGUAUUCAAGGAUGGCGAUGGAGAUUUUGUUAGUUAUGCGGUAAAUGAAUAAUUGUUUCCAGUUGCUCAUGGAAUUUACAAUAUUGUAUGAUUUUCUACCUUGAUUUGUAUCAUGGAGGCACUUGGAAAGAAAAGGAAGGGAUUGGAAAUUUUGCGGUUAAGUCAUAACUCUCCAAAACCAUUAACAACAGUUUGGUCUCACCUGUCAUUGAAUAACUCAAGGCACAAAAAGAAGUGCAAGGAAGAUGAAGUUAGAGAAGUUCAUUCCAGUAAGAGUGUAUUUAAAGGAGUUGUUACUGCCCCACCUUGUGGGAGUAUCUGUCCGAACCCACCAGGGAGGGGUCUUAAGAGAAAAAUUGGGUGUAUUGAUGCCGCAACUAAAAUGGGUAGGAAGAAGAAGAUCGAACAGGAUUAUGAUUUGGGUGUGAUAAUUGGGCAAGGGAAAUUUGGGUCAGUGAGGUUGUGUCGAAGUAAAGUGAGUGGAGAAGAGUUUGCGUGUAAGACUUUGCGCAAGGUGGAGAAGCUUGUAUAUCAAGAGGUGGAGAUAAUGCAGCAUCUCUCAGGUCAUCCUGGUGUUGUAACACUGAAGGCGGUGUAUGAAGAUGCAGAAUCCUUUUAUCUUGUGAUGGACUUCUGUGCUGGGGGACGGCUGCUUGACCAGAUGGCAAGGGAAGGGCAGUUUUCAGAGCAUCGAGCUGCUAACAUACUCAAGCAACUGGUUUUGGUUAUCAAGUAUUGCCAUGAAAUGGGUGUUGUUCACCGUGACAUAAAGCCUGAGAACAUUCUUCUUACAAAUUCAGGACAGAUGAAGCUUGCAGACUUUGGCUUAGCUGUGAGGCUGUCUAAUGGCCAGAGCCUGGCAGGUGUGGUUGGAAGUCCUGCUUAUGUUGCCCCAGAAGUCUUGGUUGGUGAUUAUUCAGAAAAGGUUGAUAUCUGGAGUGCUGGUGUCCUCCUUCACGCUCUUUUGCUUGGUGUGCUUCCAUUUCCAGGUGAUUCCGUGGAGACAAUAUUUGAGGCUAUUAAGACGGUGAACCUUGACUUUGAGAGUGGAGUAUGGGAAUCAGUCUCUCAACCUGCCCAGAAUCUGAUUGCCCAUAUGCUGACUAGGGACGUUUCAUCAAGGCUAACCGCUGACGAAGUACUAGGACAUCCAUGGCUCUUGCUCUAUACAGAAGAAACAUUGGAGACUCUAACAUUCAAGUCGAAAACGAGAAACCGUGUUGUUAGACUGACUUCUCACCAACUGACUGCUAUGCCUGAUGCGGAGUCAGAGAGAAACAAGAUAAUUUCCAGCAACUUUCUCAGUGAUGACUCCAGCCUAAAUUCAUCAUCUGAUAGUUUGAGUAGGAGGUCAGAAGAGCAGGAGUGUGGACUUGUUGAUGCUCUUGCAGUGGCAAUUUCACGCGUUAGGAUAUCUGAACCAAAAAGAAGUAGGCUUUGCAGCCCCAGCAGCCCAAUAAGACAAGAGUGUUCCUCUAAAAUGAAGGUUAAUAACCUCUGUACAGCCUUCUGAGUUGCCUAAUGCAGUCUAAUAACCAGCUGACUCUUCAACUGGAGCAAAGUGACUGUGGGUUCUGAAUCUUCUGAUGUGUAAUCUUAUUUAGUUUAACCUGACACGAGAUAUGUGAAUGUCUGCUUUGUACAUCUCUCAUGUAAACAGAACUCAGGUGGUGUUGUGCUUUCUUUCAGUCAUGAAUAUGUAGUUUGAUGCAUUUUAUUUGAAUAACCGAAGUCAAACCGUAAGUCUUGCAUUUACAUUUUACAUU